AUGGACGGAAAAACCCUUAGGUUACAUUACCUUGGCAAGUAUGUGGAUUUAGAGGUUGAUGAUCUUGAUAAGUGUCUGCUGAUAGACAUAAUCAAUGACAUGUAUGUUGAAUUUGGUAAAAAUGGGUAUGAAUUUUCCAUGUUUCCUAUAUUGCAAUAUUCAACUAUGAGAAAGACUCAUCAAGUACAUACAUGCCGAGAAUUUUAUUCGUAUAUGUUUCAGAUGAGAGAAUGUUAUGAUUCUAUAGUCUUAAGAGCUGGCCGCUUAACUCAACAAUUUGCUGUGGACAACUGUGUAAAGAUGCAAGCAUCCAAUUUGAGAUGGGUUGCACUUAACCAAGACACAAUUCGUGCAGAUUUGUACAAGGGACUAGAGGAUUCAUACAAUGCUGGAGAACACAUUACAGAAAAUGUUGGACGAAUAACUAUACUUCCAUCAUCAUUUGUUGGGAGUUCGCGAGAUAUGCAUCAACGAUACCAAGAUGCAAUGGCCUUGGUGCACAAAUUUGGCAAGCCAGACAUAUUCCUUACUAUGACGUGCAAUCCGUCGUGGUCAGACAUAGUAGCAGAAUUACUACCUGGCCAACAACCUCAUGAUCGUCCAGACUUGCUAACAAGGGUAUUUCAUGCCAGACUCGAGGAGUUAAAAAAGGAUGUGUUAGAAAGGAAUGUUCUCAGGAAGGUAGUUGCUUAUGUAUAUGUGAUUGAAUUCCAAAAACGAGGGCUUCCACAUGUUCAUAUGUUACUAAUUCUUGGCCAAAGUGACAAGCUUGCCAAUCCUAAUGAUUAUGAUAAAAUAGUGAGAGCAGAAAUUCCUGACCAACAACAAGAACUAGAGCUCCAUAAAAGGAUUCUUAAACACAUGAUUCACAACCCAUGUGGUAUCCAGAAUUCACGUUCACCAUGCAUGAAACAAGGGAGUUGUAAGAAGGGGUUGCCUAAGUCAUUCUCUACUUGUACAAAGCAAGGAAGUGACUCAUAUCCCAUCUACCGUCGGCGUCAAGAUGCUCCACCUGUACCAUUACGUGAGAAUUCACGAGUAAUUGUAGAUAAUCGGUGGGUAGUUCCAUAUAACCCAUGGUUGUUGAAUAAGUAUGAUUGUCACAUUAAUGUAGAGAUAUGCAGCAGCAUUAAAUGUGUCAAAUAUUUAUACAAAUACAUCCAUAAGGGUUCUGAUAGAGUUUCCAUGGAAGAUCAUAAAGGGGAUGAGAUUGCAUAG